AUGGUUGAUGUUGCUAAUAAAAUGAGCGACGAUACGAAAAAGCCGUUUCUUGGGGAUGGUUUUGAGUGUGUUUCAGAAGAGGAUUGUAAUCCAUUUUCAAGUGCCGGGAUUUGGAGCCACCUGACCUUUAGUUGGCUUAAUCCUCUGUUCAAAAAGGGUCGGAAUGAGAAACUCCAUGUGGAGAAUGUACCACAAAUUCCUCGUUCGGAGGCUGCCGAGGAAGCUUCUUCGUUGCUCGAAGAGUGUCUCAGGAAACAAAGAACUCGCGCUGCAUCUCUGCCGAAAGCUAUACUUGAUGCAAUCGGGAGGCCCCUUCUCAUAAACGGAGUUUUUGCAGGUGUGAACACAGGUGCCUCCUACGUGGGCCCGCUUCUAAUCACGAGCUUUGUCAACUACCUAUCCUCGAAGGACAAGAACGUAAAAUGGCAGCACGGCAUGAUCCUUGCAUCGGUCUUGUUCGCUGCAAAGACGGUAGAAUCACUCUCCCAGAGGCAGUGGUAUUUCGGGGCCCACCGAAUAGGCAUCCAUCUCAGAGCCUCCCUCAUGGCUUUAAUAUACAAAAAGUCUUUGUCCGUCAAGUAUGGCGGCACGAGCAGCGGAAAAAUAAUCAACUACGUGAACGUGGACGUCGAGAGGAUCGGGGACUUCUGUUGGUACUUUCACGGCAUUUGGUUGCUUCCCGUUCAGCUCCUUUUUGCCCUUUUCAUCUUGUACAAUAACUUAGGGGCUGCCCCUUGUUUUGCUGCCCUUUUCACAACUGUGCUGGUGAUGGUAUGCAAUACUCCACUCGCCAACAUGCAGGAGAAGUUCCAAACCCAGAUAAUGGAAGCCAAAGACUCGAGGAUAAAAGCCACUUGCGAGACCCUCAAGAGCAUACGGGUCCUCAAGCUGCAUUCUUGGGAGCCCAUUUUCCUUCAAAAAUUGCUUCGGCUCAGAGAAAACGAAGGGUCCCGGCUCAGGAAGUAUCUCUACACCAGCUCGUGCGUGGCUUUUCUUUUCUGGGCUUCCCCCACAUUGGUAUCUGUUGUCACUUUCAGCGUCUGUGUUGUCUCAGGGAUUCCUUUGACUUCGGGCACAGUCUUGUCUGCUUUAGCCACUUUCCGGAUCCUUCAAGAACCUAUAUACAAUCUCCCAGAGCUUAUAUCCAUGAUUGCUCAGACUAAAGUAUCCAUCGACCGGGUUCAGAAUUUCAUUACUGAGGAAGACCAGAAGAGGUUAGUGCACUAUCAUGCUCCGAGCAUGCCAGGUUUUGUUGCCAUUGAUAUCGAACCCGGUGAGUUUGCGUGGCAUGCGAAGAGACCGACUAUCAAGAUAACCAAGAAAGUCAGAAUCACUAAAGGGAGCAAGGUGGCUAUUUGCGGUUCUGUGGGGUCAGGCAAGACGAGUUUCUUGUGCAGUAUUAUUGGGGAGAUUCCAAGAAUUUCUGGGUCUAGUUCCAAGACGUAUGGAUCGAAAGCUUUUGUGCCACAAAGCGCUUGGAUACAAACGGGCACUGUGAGGGAAAAUAUUCUGUUCGGUAAAGAACUGAAGAGAGAUGUUUAUGAGAGCGUGGUGGAUGCUUGUGCUUUGAACCGUGACUUUGAGAUGUGGGCCGAUGGAGAUUUAUGUGUAGUUGGGGAAAGGGGAAUGAAUUUGAGCGGGGGACAGAAACAAAGAAUUCAAAUGGCGAGGGCAUUGUACAGCGACUCGGAGAAAUGUCUGAUGCAACUCUUGCAUGAUAAGACUGUUGUCUACGUUACUCAUCAGUUGGAGUUCUUAGAUGCCUCUGACUUGGUGUUGGUGAUGAAGGAAGGCAAAAUUAUGGAGGCGGGAAAUUAUCGAGAUUUAAUCUCAAAUCCCGAUAGCGAGCUCGUAAGACAAAUGGAGGCCCAUAGUAGAUCGUUAAAUCAAGUGAACCCUCCAAAGUGUAUAAGCUUACCUAAGAAAAGCUACCACCGAGCUAAGCAGAUAGAAGUAACUGAGGUAAAAUUCGUAGACCUUAGCAGAAGUAACCAACGAAGCCUGCACGAAAAAACCGAAAGCGGUAGAGUUAAAUGGCACGUCUAUGCAACUUUCAUCACCUCUGCUUACAGAGGAGCUCUUGUGCCGAUUAUCUUGUUGUGUCAGAUACUCUUCCAGAUGUUACAGAUGGCAAGCAAUUACUGGAUUGCAUGGGGAUCAGAAAAGGACGAGAGUGUUACGAAAGGGCGUCUGAUCAAGAUAUUUGCUCUGCUUUCCGGCGGAAGCUCGUUUUUUAUCCUGGGAAGAGCAGUUCUACUGUCCACCAUUGCUAUCGAGACAUCUCAGAGACUUUUCCUUGGGAUGAUCAAUUCUGUUUUCCGAGCGCCUUUGUCGUUUUUCGACUCCACGCCUUCAAGCAGAAUUCUUAAUCGGUCAUCGACAGAUCAAAGCAUAGUGGACACGGAUAUUCCUUACCGGUUGGCUGGGUUAGCAUUCGCGCUUAUUCAGCUAUUGAGCAUUGUUGUGCUUAUGUCACAAGUUGCCUGGCAGAUCUUUUUCCUCUUUCUUGUUGUAUUUGCAAUCUCCGUAUGGUAUCAGGCAUACUAUAUCACAACUGCAAGAGAUUUAGCUAGAAUGGUCCCAAUUCAACAAGCUCCAGUUCUCCAUCAUUUUUCGGAAUCCAUCUCUGGGGCCUCAGUAAUUCGGAGCUUCAACCAAGAAGAUCGGUUUCGGAAGAUGAACAUGAAGCUGGUUGAUGAUUACUCAAGAGUAGCCUUUUACAACUCCAGCACCAUGGAGUGGCUCUGUGUCCGCAUCAACUUUCUCUUCAACCUCAUCUUUUUCGCCCUCCUUAUCAUCUUGGUCACCCUUCCGAGCUCCGCCAUCGACUCCAGCUUGGCGGGGUUAGCAGCCACGUACGGGCUGAACUUGAACGUACUCCAGGCAUGGGUAAUAUGGAACCUCUGUAAUGUGGAAAACAAAAUGAUAUCCGUGGAGAGAAUCCUCGAGUUGAGUGGCAUCCCAAGCGAGGCCCCACUGGUGAUAAAAGAUUCUAGACCGGGGCCCGAAUGGCCGGUGCACGGGAGAAUCGAGGUGGAGGAUCUCCACGUGCAGUACAGCCCGGGUCUCCCGAAAGUUCUCAAAGGGAUCACGUGCACUUUUCCCGGGCAUAGCAAAAUCGGGGUCGUGGGAAGGACUGGGAGCGGGAAAUCCACUCUCAUCCAGGCACUCUUCAGAGUGGUCGAGCCUUGCCAAGGACGCAUUUUGAUCGAUGGAGUGGAUAUUGCAAAGCUAGGCCUGCAAGAUUUGAGGUCGAAGCUCAGCAUAAUCCCACAAGAUCCAAUCUUGUUUCAGGGGACAUUGAGAAUGAAUCUUGAUCCUCUCCAACAACAUUCAGAUCAACAGAUAUGGGAGGUUCUACACAAGUGUCAUCUCGCCGAAAACGUGAAGCAAGACGACAGACUUCUCGAUGGGCCAGUUGCUGAAGAUGGAGAAAAUUGGAGUGUGGGGCAAAGGCAGCUCGUGUGUCUAGCUAGAGUGUUGUUACAAAGGAGAAGAAUACUCGUCUUGGAUGAGGCCACCGCUUCAGUAGAUACGGCGACCGAUAAUUUAAUCCAAAAGACGAUAAGAGAAGAGACGAGUGGAUGUACUGUCAUAACAGUUGCCCACCGAAUACCAACUGUAGUUGACAAUGACCUAGUUUUGGUUCUUGGUGAAGGAAAAGUUGUAGAGUAUGAAUCCCCUACUCAGUUGCUCGGGGACAAAAAUUCUGCCUUCUCAAGUUUGGUGAUGGAAUUCUUAAGAAGAUCAUCGUCCUGCUGA